AAAUUAAAUAAAAUGGACCAAUUUUUAGAAUACGUUGAAAAGCAUCAAAACGACUUUGUCGAAAGACUUCGCAAGGCAGUUGCUAUUCCCAGUGUCAGUGGUGACCCUGCUCAUCGUCCUGAUGUCUUUAAAAUGGCUGAUUGGUUGAUUGCUGAGCUCAAGUCUCUUGAUGCUUCUGUCGAAACUCGUGAUCUUGGUAAGCAAAACUGGCACGGAACUGAGUUAGAUUUGCCUCCUAUUGUUCUUGCUACUAUUGGUACUGACCCCAAGAAGAAGACCAUUCUUGUCUAUGGUCAUUAUGAUGUUCAACCUGCUCUCCUCGAAGAUGGUUGGAACACUGAUCCUUUCACUUUGGUUGAGGAUGAAAAUAACCGUUUAAUUGGCCGUGGUUCUACCGAUGAUAAGGGACCUGUUCUUGGUUGGAUCAAUGUUGUUGAAGCUCACAAGGCCCUUGGCCUUGAAUUGCCUGUUAAUCUCAAAUUCUGCCUCGAAGGUAUGGAAGAAUCCGGUUCCGAAGGUUUGGAUGACCUUAUCUUUGCUGAAGCCGACAAAUACUUUAAGGAUGUUGAUGCUGUCUGUAUCUCUGAUAACUACUGGCUCGGUACCUCUAAGCCUUGUUUGACCUACGGUCUUCGUGGUGUCUCUUAUUUCCAUAUGAAGGUUAAGGGUCCCGCUGCUGAUCUCCACUCUGGUGUCUUUGGUGGUACUAUCCAUGAGCCUAUGACUGAUCUUUUCAGUGUCAUGAGCAAGCUCGUUGAUGUCAAUGGCCAAAUCCUUGUUCCUGGUAUCUACGAAAGAGUUCGUGCUAUUUCUGAUGAGGAAGAAAAGACUUAUGAUAACUUGGCUUUUAACAUGGAGGAACUUCACUCUGCUGUUGGCAACAAAAUCAAUAUCCAUGAUAGCAUCCGUAAAACUCUUCAAUGUCGUUGGAGAAACCCUUCUUUAUCUAUCCAUGGUGUUGAAGGUGGAUUCUACAGUCCUGGUGAUAAAACCGUCAUUCCUUCUUGUGUGACCGGUAAGUUCUCCAUCCGUACUGUUCCUGAUAUGGACCCCAAGGAGGUUUCUGCUUUGGUUGUAAAGUUUUGUGAGGAAGAAUUCGCCAAGCUUGGUUCCAAAAACAAGUUGGAUGUUCACUGUACUCACGAUGGUAACUACUGGUUGUCUAGUCCUGAUCAUCCCAACUAUGUUGCCGCCGCAAAGGCAGUCGAGACUGUAUACAAGAUUAAGCCUGACUUGACUCGUGAAGGUGGUUCUAUUCCUGUAACCUUGUCUUUCCAAGAUGCCUUAAAGAAGAAUGUCUUAUUAUUACCAAUGGGUCGUGGUGAUGAUGGUGCUCAUUCUAUCAAUGAGAAAUUGGAUCGCUCUAACUAUAUCAACGGUACUCAAUUAUUAGGUGCUUACUUAUAUGAAGUUUCUCAAAUCACUUUAUAAGCUGUGAACGCGAACAGUUAAAUAUUAGUAACAAAAUAAUAAAAAAAGAUUCUAUGCAAAAGGUCGAUUUUUGCAUAAAAUAAUGUUUUAUGUGUGUG